AUACUGCAUUAUCUGAUGUAACUGACUCAUCACAGUGUUGCUCUCUUUGUGGUGUUAGUCCUAAAGAAAUGAAUGAUAUUGACAAGGUGUUACUGAAGUUGCACACUCAAAAUGGAUUACAAUAUGGGAUUUCAAUUCUACAUGCAUGGAUACGAACAUUCGAAUGCUUAAACUAUUCAAUGAACAUAUUGCUUACAAAUUGCCAGUUAAAAAAUGGUCAGCAAGAUUGCCAGCUGACAAGCAACAAAUCGAAGUGCAACAGAAAAAUAUUCAACUUGCUUUUCAAGAGAAGAUGGGAUUGAUUGUCUAUAGGCCUAAGGCUGGCGGCUCAGGAACAUCUAAUGAUGGCAACACCUCCAGAAGAGCCUUUCAGAAUGAACAACUGUUUUCUGAAAUCACAGGACUCAAUUUUGAACUUAUAAAAAUGUUCCAUGUUGUUCUGACUUGUAUUUUAUGUGGUUUUGAGCUUGAUGCAGUUUUAUUCAGGGAAUACUGUACACAUACAGCUAGGUUUUACGUGGAGUGCUAUCCAUGGUAUUAUAUGCUGCAGAGCAUUCACAAAAUGCUAAUUCAUGCUCCCAGUGUUGUUGAUUACAUGACAUUACCAAUUGGGCUCUUAAGUGAAGAAGCUAUAGAGGCUCGGAAUAAAGAUUUUAAAAAGUAUCGUGAGCAUUUUACACGCAAGUGUGACCGUAUCAAAUGUAAUGAAGAUUUAUUUAAGCGAUUAUUUUGUUCUAGUGAUCCAGUCAUUUCUUCACUAAAAACAAUAGUUAGUACUAAGAAGAAGGUUUUGCCAGAAGGUGUUCUGCAACUGUUAAAAAACAGUGUUUAGUUGUUUUUUUUAUGGAAUUUUACAGGCUAAUUUUUGGUUUCUUUAGUUAUUAUUAAAAUUUAAGUUUACGCAUUGUAAAUUAAAAUUGUUAAUAUUCUAUAAUUAACAUAAAUUAAAAAUUUCCCACAUACAUUUAUUUGGAACACCAGAGCAUUUAAAAUUCUAUUUUUU